AUGGUGGCCAGCCCGCCCGAUCGCCGCGUGGCCAAAGACGACAGCUCGCUGGCCCGUGGCUCUCCCGGUCGCAACGGCCAGCUAGCCAAGCAAGGCUCGCUGACGAUCGUCCGCCGCAGCAGCGGCAAAGGAGGCGGCGGUGGUAACAGCAGCGGCGGGGGCGCCAGCGGCGGCAGCGGCAGCGGCAACGGCGCCAAGGCGGGCCCGCUCGCCAGGGGCGCGUCCGCUGUCGCUGACGACGACGCCCUCGACGCCGUCGACCUGUCCACCGACAACCUGCCUGCCGUCGACACGCCGGACGCCUGCGAUAAGGCUGCCCUCAGGCUACGCUGCCUGUUGCGGCAGUUGCAGAGGGGGGAGAUUUCCGCGGAAAUCUUGCAGAAGAACCUCCAUUAUGCGGCACGCGUCCUCGAAGCGGUAUUCAUCGAUGAAACCAAAUUUCUCGACGAAAAACUAAAGGCAGCCGCCACUCUUGUUAGUAGGCGGCUGGCGGACGAGGACGACGAGCUGUCGGAGGUGCAGCCAGACGCGGUGCCGCCCGAGGUGCGCGAGUGGCUGGCGUCCACCUUCACGCGCCAGCUCGCCACAACGAGGCGCAAGGCCGACGAGAAGCCCAAGUUCCGGUCGGUGGCGCACGCCAUCCGCGCCGGCAUCUUCGUCGACCGCAUCUACCGCCGCGUCACCAGCACCUCGCUUAUGCAGUUCCCGCCCGACGUCGUUAAAGUGCUCAAGACGCUGGACGAGUGGUCAUUUGAUGUGUUUGCACUUAGCGAGACAGCCACAAAUAUGCCUGUCAAGUAUCUUGGGUAUGAUCUCCUCAAUCGAUAUGGGAUGAUACAUAAGUUUAAGGUUCCACCUUCCACACUGGAGGCGUUUCUUACACGAAUAGAGGAAGGUUAUUGUCGUUACCGAAAUCCAUAUCAUAACAACCUACAUGCAGCUGAUGUGGCACAGACCGUCCACUAUAUGUUGUGCCAAACAGGGCUCAUGAACUGGCUAACAGAUCUGGAGAUCUUUGCAACCCUUGUUGCAGCUUUAAUUCAUGACUAUGAACAUACAGGUACAACCAACAACUUCCAUGUCAUGUCAGGCACAGAGACAGCAUUAUUAUAUAAUGAUCGUGCUGUCCUAGAAAAUCAUCAUAUAAGUGCCUCUUUUAGGGUGAUGCGGGAUGAGGAAUGUAACAUCCUCCAAAAUCUGUCACGUGAAGAGUUUCGGGAGUUCCGCACUCUUGUUAUUGAUAUGGUUUUAGCAACAGACAUGAGUUUCCAUUUUCAGCAGCUGAAAAACAUGAGGAAUCUCCUGACACUCGCUGAGGCCAGUGUGGACAAGUCCAAGGCUCUAUCACUGGUGCUUCACUGUUGUGACAUAUCACAUCCUGCUAAGCGAUGGGAUCUCCACCAUAGAUGGACUUCUCAACUUCUUGAGGAGUUCUUCAGACAAGGAGAUAAGGAACGUGAGUUAGGACUGCCAUUCAGCCCUCUAUGUGAUCGCAACAACACACUUGUUGCUGAGUCACAGAUUGGUUUCAUCGAAUUUAUUGUUGAGCCAAGCAUGGCAGUAUGCAGUGAUAUGUUGGAAGCAAUUUUGGGUCCACUUCAUUCAUCUUGUAAACCAACAUCUGCUGAAAGCAUCCAGAGUACAGGAUCAGAAAGUGCUGAAAUUGACAGAUCUAAGAAUGGGUCCACACGGAGCCCAGAACGAGGCCAGAAGUAUACAAUUAAAAAGCCAUGGAUUGGUUGUUUAGCAGAAAACAAGAGGAUAUGGAAGGAACAGGCAGCUAAAGAAAAUUUGUGAACAAAGCAGUUUAAACAGAAAAAGAAUUUUACGUAUCAAUGCCUGGGUGAGCACAAGUGAUUGAAGGCACACAGUGUUUGAGAAUGGAUGUUACCAUUCAUUAAAGAUAUAGUGAAGACCUUUCUAUAUAAAAUUUUUAUAUGUUGCUACUGCAUAAAAUGUGCUAUGCAAUAUUUGAUGUGUAAGAAAAUCCACUUCUUCCUGUUUUGGGCAAAAGACAAGUGUGAAUUUUGUUACUACUACAGUCUAGAAUCUAUCACCACCAAAGAAAAGCCCUUGUGAUUAUUGCACAAUUAGUUUUUCACUAUUUAUGUUCUAAAGAUUGUAGAAAAUAUUGCCCAGAAAAUGUUUGAUGUAACAAUUUAUUUGUUUCAAACGAUCAAAAAAUGUGUGGAUGAAAUUUUGUGAUUUUCAGAUAUCUGAAAAACAAAGGUUCUCAGAAAAUAUAUAUUUCUUUAUACAGCUCCAGCACUUAACAGAGAAACUUCAUUUGAAUACUGAUAGACAGUAGUGCUAAACAUGUAAAUUAUAUGUACAUA